GGAGCGUGGCGGGUUGUGGUAGGUCGUGGUCUGAGGCCGGUACAGCUGCGCGUCUGCAGGAAUAGGUGCAGCGGGGCCUUGGCGGGGGACUCUGAGGGAGGAGCUGGGGACGGCGACCCUAGGAGAGUUCUUUGGGGUGACUUUCAAGAUGGACUCUACUCUAACAGCAAGUGAAAUCCGGCAGCGAUUUAUAGAUUUCUUCAAGAGGAACGAGCAUACGUAUGUUCACUCGUCUGCCACCAUCCCAUUGGAUGACCCCACUUUGCUCUUUGCCAAUGCAGGCAUGAACCAGAGUUUUGCUCUUGUUGCCGAGGCUGGAGUGCAAUGGUGAAAUCUCGGCUCACUGCAGCCUGCGCCUCCUGGAUUCAAGCGAUUCUCCUGCUUCACCCUCCCGAGCGGCUAGGAUUAUAGGUGUCUGCCACCACACCUGGCUAAUUUUUAUAUUUUUAGUAGAGACAGGGUUUCGCCACCUUGGCCAGGCUGGUCUGGAACUCCUGGCCUCAGGUGAUCCGCACAUCUCGGCCUCCCAAAGUGCUGGGAUUACAGGUGUGAGCCACUGCACCUGGUCCUUUUUCUUUUUUGAGAUGAAGUUUUGCCCUGUCACCCAAGCUGGAAUUCAGUGAUGCAGUCUCAGCUCACUGCAACCUCUGCCUCCCAGGUUCAAGCAGUUCUCCUGCCUCAGCCUCCCAAGUAGCUGGGACUACAGGCACCCCCCCACCAUGCCUGUCUAAUUUUUAUAUUUUUAGUAGAGAUGGGGUUUCACCAUCUUAGCCAGGCUGGUCUCGAACUCCUGACCUUGUGAUCUGCCUGGUUCGGCCCCACAAAGUGUUGGGAUUACAGGCGUGAGCCACCACGCCCGGCCUUGUAAACAUUUUCUUAUUGACAGUAGCUGUCAGCCUGCAUGCAGCACUUACUGUGUGCCAGGCGCUGCUCUGUGUCCUUCGCGUACAAUAACUCAUUUACGCUGAACUCUGUUGCCAUCCCUACUGAGGCACUGAGAUCUCAAGUCAGUUGUCCAUGCUCACAUAGUCGUUUAAACCCAUCUUCCUGAACACAAUUGACCCAUCUCACCCCAUGGCAAAGCUGAGCAGAGCUGCCAAUACCCAGAAAUGCAUCCGGGCUGGGGGCAAACAUAAUGACCUGGAUGAUGUGGGCAAGGAUGUCUAUCAUCACACCUUCUUCGAGAUGCUGGGCUCUUGGUCUUUUGGAGAUUACUUUAAGGAAUUGGCAUGUAAGAUGGCUCUGGAACUCCUCACCCAAGAGUUUGGCAUUCCCAUUGAAAGACUUUAUGUUACUUACUUUGGCGGGGAUGAAGCAGCUGGCUUAGAAGCAGAUCUGGAAUGCAAACAGAUCUGGCAAAAUUUGGGGCUGGAUGACACCAAAAUCCUCCCAGGCAACAUGAAGGAUAACUUCUGGGAGAUGGGUGACACGGGCCCCUGUGGUCCUUGCAGUGAGAUCCACUACGACCGGAUUGGUGGUCGGGACGCCGCACACCUUGUCAACCAGGACGACCCUAAUGUGCUGGAGAUCUGGAACCUUGUGUUCAUCCAGUAUAACAGGGAAGCUGAUGGCAUUCUGAAACCUCUUCCCAAGAAAAGCAUUGACACAGGGAUGGGCCUGGAGCGACUGGUAUCUGUGCUGCAGAAUAAGAUGUCCAACUAUGAUACUGACCUUUUUGUCCCUUACUUUGAAGCCAUUCAGAAGGGCACAGGUGCCCGACCGUACACUGGGAAAGUUGGUGCUGAGGAUGCCGAUGGGAUUGACAUGGCCUACCGGGUGCUGGCUGACCACGCUCGGACCAUCACUGUGGCACUGGCUGAUGGUGGCCGGCCUGACAACACAGGGCGUGGAUAUGUGUUGAGACGGAUUCUCCGCCGAGCUGUCCGAUACGCCCAUGAAAAGCUCAAUGCCAUUAGGGGCUUCUUUGCUACGUUAGUGGAUGUUGUCGUCCAGUCCCUGGGAGAUGCAUUUCCUGAGCUGAAGAAGGACCCAGACAUGGUGAAGGACAUCAUUAAUGAAGAAGAGGUGCAGUUUCUCAAGACUCUCAGCAGAGGGCGUCGCAUCCUGGACAGGAAAAUUCAGAGCCUGGGAGACAGCAAGACCAUUCCUGGAGACACUGCUUGGCUCCUCUAUGACACCUAUGGGUUUCCAGUGGAUCUGACUGGACUGAUUGCUGAAGAGAAGGGCCUGGUGGUAGACAUGGAUGGCUUUGAAGAGGAGAGGAAACUGGCCCAGCUGAAAUCACAGGGCAAGGGAGCUGGUGGGGAAGACCUCAUUAUGCUGGACAUUUACGCUAUCGAAGAGCUCCGGGCACGGGGUCUGGAGGUCACAGAUGAUUCCCCAAAGUACAAUUACCAUUUGGACUCCAGUGGUAGCUAUGUAUUUGAGAACACAGUGGCUACGGUGAUGGCUCUGCGCAGGGAGAAGAUGUUCGUGGAAGAGGUGUCCACAGGCCAGGAGUGUGGAGUGGUGCUGGACAAGACCUGUUUCUAUGCUGAGCAAGGAGGCCAGAUCUAUGACGAAGGCUACCUGGUGAAGGUGGAUGACAGCAGUGAAGAUAAAACAGAGUUUACAGUGAAGAAUGCUCAAGUCCGAGGAGGGUAUGUGCUACACAUUGGAACCAUCUACGGUGACCUGAAAGUGGGGGAUCAGGUCUGGCUGUUUAUUGAUGAGCCCCGACGAAGACCCAUCAUGAGCAACCACACAGCUACGCACAUUCUGAACUUCGCCCUGCGCUCAGUGCUUGGGGAAGCUGACCAGAAAGGCUCAUUGGUUGCUCCUGACCGCCUCAGAUUUGACUUUACUGCCAAGGGAGCCAUGUCCACCCAACAGAUCAAGAAGGCUGAAGAGAUUGCUAAUGAGAUGAUUGAGGCAGCCAAGGCCGUCUAUACCCAGGAUUGCCCCCUGGCAGCAGCGAAAGCCAUCCAGGGCCUACGGGCUGUGUUUGAUGAGACCUAUCCUGACCCUGUGCGAGUCGUCUCCAUUGGGGUCCCGGUGUCCGAGUUGCUGGAUGACCCCUCUGGGCCUGCUGGCUCCCUGACUUCUGUUGAGUUCUGUGGGGGAACGCACCUGCGGAACUCGAGUCACGCAGGAGCUUUUGUGAUCGUGACGGAAGAAGCCAUUGCCAAGGGUAUUCGGAGGAUUGUGGCUGUCACAGGUGCCGAAGCCCAGAAGGCCCUCAGGAAAGCAGAGAGCAUGAAGAAAUGUCUCUCUGUCAUGGAAGCCAAAGUGAAGGCUCAGACUGCUCCAAACAAGGAUGUGCAGAGGGAGAUCGCUGACCUUGGAGAGGCCCUGGCCACUGCAGUCAUCCCCCAGUGGCAGAAGGAUGAAUUGCGGGAGACUCUCAAAUCCCUCAAGAAGGUCAUGGAUGACUUGGACCGAGCCAGCAAAGCCGAUGUCCAGAAACGAGUGUUAGAGAAGACGAAGCAGUUCAUCGACAGCAACCCCAACCAGCCCCUUGUCAUCCUGGAGAUGGAGAGCGGCGCCUCAGCCAAGGCCCUGAAUGAAGCCUUGAAGCUCUUCAAGAUGCACUCCCCUCAGACUUCUGCCAUGCUCUUCACGGUGGACAAUGAGGCUGGCAAGAUCACGUGCCUGUGUCAAGUCCCCCAGAAUGCAGCCAAUCGGGGCUUAAAAGCCAGCGAGUGGGUGCAGCAGGUGUCAGGCCUGAUGGACGGUAAAGGUGGUGGCAAGGAUGUGUCUGCACAGGCCACAGGCAAGAACGUUGGCUGCCUGCAGGAGGCGCUGCAGCUGGCCACUUCCUUCGCCCAGCUGCGCCUCGGGGAUGUAAAGAACUGAGUGGGGAAGGAGGAGGCUCCCACUGGAUCCAUCCGUCCAGCCAAGAGCUCUUCAUCUGCUACAAGAACAUUUGAAUCUUGGGACCUUUAAAGAGCCCCUCCUAACCCAGCAGUAACUGGAACACACUUGAGAGCAGUCCUAUGUCUCAGUGCCCCUUAAAUUUCUGCCCUGAGCCCUCCACGUCAGUGCCAUCGGUCUAGAACCACUAACCCCGCAUUGCUGUUGAUCGUCACGCUUGCAUCUAUAGAUAACGGCUCUCCAGACCUGAGCUUUCCGCGUCAGCAAGUAGGAAUCGUUUUUGCUGCAGAGAAUAAAAGGACCACGUGCAAUA